AUGCGCUUCGGCAAGACACUGCGGCAGUCGGUCUACGCGCCGUGGAAGGACAAGUACAUCGAGUAUGCCAAGCUCAAGACCUUACUGCGUGAAGACCGGCACGAGGAUGACGACGAGCCCUGGACCGACGACGACGAGAAGCGCUUCUGCGAUGAAAUCUUCAACACGCAGCUCGAAAAGGUGGCCCAGUUCCAGGCCGAGAAGGUCGACGAGCUGCGACGCCGAGUCGACGGCGCCUUUGAGAAGCUCAAGGAACUGCCCACGGCUGAGGAUGGUGCGCAAAAAAAGACCGAUGCAGAUACCCAGCGGCUCAAGGACCUCGAGGCCGAGCUCGACACCAUCACCAACGAGGUCAAGGAGCUGCAAAAGUACAGCAACCUCAACUACACGGGCUUUCUGAAGAUUGUCAAGAAGCACGACCGAAAACGCGGUGACCGCUACAAGAUCCGACCGCUCAUGCAGGUCAGCCUGUCGAAGCGGCCUUUCAACUCGGAACAGGCCUACUCGCCGCUGCUCAACAAGCUGUCGCUCAUGUACUUUGCCAUCCGCCAGCAGCUUGAGGAGCCUGGUGCUGCCGACGCCUUCCCCGUCGACCCCGACAGCCAGCCCGAGACACACAAAGGCGAGCGGUACACGGCCCACAAGUUCUGGGUGCAUCCAGACAACCUGCUCGAGGUCAAGACGUACAUUCUCCGCCGCCUGCCCGCGCUGGUCUAUAGCGAACUGUCGGCGAAGGAAGUGGACGGACAGCAGGACCCGACCAUCACCUCGCUUUACUUUGACAACGCCAAGUUUGAGCUCUACUCGAAAAAGGUUGAGCGAGAGGUGGAGGCCUCGUCGCUGCGCCUUCGCUGGUACGGCCAGCUGAGCGAGCGGCCCGAUAUUUUCCUAGAGCAAAAGAUCGUGCACGACAACGGCAGCAGCGAGGAGCGCAAAUUUGUCAUCAAGGAGAAAUAUAUCAAGCCCUUCCUUGAUGGCGAAUACAAGAUGGAGAAGUCGGUGCAAAAGAUGGAACGGAAAGGGCAGAAGGCCGAGGACGUCGACGAGUUUCGGUCGACAGCGAGCGCUAUCCAGGAGUUUGUUCGCUCGCGCAAGCUCGAGCCUCUUGUGCGAGCCAACUACGUGCGGACGGCCUUCCAGAAGCCCGGCGAUGACCGCGUCCGCAUCUCAAUCGACACGGACAUUGCCUUCAUCCGCGAGGACACGCUGGACCGUGACCGCCCGUGCCGCGACCCCAAGGACUGGCACCGCACCGACAUUGACAAUGCUAACAUGACGUACCCCUUUAGCAACAUCAACCAGAGCGAGGUGUCUCGCUUCCCCUACGCCGUCCUUGAGAUCAAGCUCAAAGAGGACAGCAGCAACCCCAAGAAGCGGCCGUCGUGGAUCCAGGACCUGAUGGGCUCCCAUCUGGUGCACCCGUGCCCGCGCUUCUCCAAGUUUGUCCACGGCACCGCCUCGCUCUUUGAGGACUACGUCAACCGCCUCCCUUUCUGGCUCAGCGACCUGGACAUUGACAUCCGCAAGGAUCCGCAGGUGGCCUUUGAGGAGGAGGAGGAGCGGCGCGCCCGGCGGGCCGAGAACGAACAGGUGGUGGGCAGCUUUUUGGGGACCAAACUAGGGUCAUACAAGCCCUCGCGCAGCUCACCCGUGGCCAAGUCUUACCUGGCCGAGCGUCUCGCUGCCGAUACCGACACCAGCACCCAUACCCCGGUCUCCGCUACCGUUCCGCGGGGCAGCGUCGCCGCCGGCGCCGGGGACGAAUCGGGCGAGCCAAGCGCCACUACUCCACAACAACAACAGCAGCAGCAACAACAGCAACAACAACAGGAACAUCUUCUCCGGACAAGUGCCCAGCAUCAAAGCAUGAACUACGGCACCCUUUCCUCCAUCUUCCCGGGCUUCUCCCUCUCCAAGUACGGCCUCUCCCGACGCCGCCGCCAACAACGAGAGUCAGGCGCCGCGUCCCUCCCUCCGGGCGUUGAAGAGCCUGAGGAGUGGCUCAAGAACGCCGGCCCGCUGCAGAUUGAGCCCAAAGUCUGGCUGGCCAACGAGCGCACAUUUCUCAAGUGGCAGCACAUAUGUGUCUUGCUCGGAGGGCUGGCCGUCUCGCUCUACUCGGCCGGCAGCGUCGUCGUCGUCGACGGCGGGAGUGGGAAGGGCAAGGGGCAUGCUGGUAAAGGCGGUAGCAAUGUGGUUGCCCAGGCCAUGGGCAUCGUCUUUAUCGCCAUUGCGGCCUUUGCCGGUGUCUGGAGCUGGUGGCUGCACAAGAAGAGGCGGGAGAUGAUUGUUGCGAGGAGUGGGAGGGAUUUUGAUUUCCUCCUUGGUCCGCUGGUGGUGGCGGGUGCGCUGAUGGUGGCGUUGGUGGUUAACUUUGUUUUUGCGUACCGAAAAGCGUUUGCUGACCACGGGGCCGGCGGGAUGGAGGGGAUGACGAUUGGAGUGAAGAAUGGGAGCGGCGGGCUUGAGAUGGGCGAGUUGCGGUGA